AAGCUAAACAAUCUCCAUUUUGUGAGAGCCUUUCAGCUGACUAAAACGUCGUCCCAGUGAAACGGAAGAGUCAAAGAAAGAAAAAUAAAUUAAGCAGACCAGUCUAUCGCUAACCAGUUAUUAUCCGAAAGGAAAGGAAAUCUUAUCGUAUGUCCGCUAUCCAGAACCUCCAAACUUUCGACCCAUUUGCUGAUGCAACUAAGGGUAAUGACAGACUCCCAUCUGGGACUGACGACUACAUCCACAUAAGAAUCCAGCAGCGUAACGGCAGGAAGACUCUGACCACGGUCCAGGGCAUAGCCAUCGACUAUGAUAAGAAGAAGCUAGUCAAGGCCUUUAAGAAGAAAUUUGCCUGCAAUGGGACAGUGAUUGAGCACCCAGAGUAUGGGGAAGUGAUUCAGCUGCAAGGUGACCAGCGCAAGAAUAUCUGCACGUUUCUGAUUGAGAUUGGCCUGGCGAAAGAGGAGCAGCUCAAGGUCCACGGAUUCUAGGAGCUCUCAGCAGCCCUCUCUCCCCUGGUUGUGAUACUUCUCUCCCCGUGCUGUAAUCACCGCACCCCCUUUAAGAUAAUGAUUACCUCUGAAUUGAGACUUUUUACUACCAGUUUAACUCUCCUCUCAUAUGGGAGCAGUCCAGUGCAAACAUGGACAAACGGCUUGACAGAUGUGGGAUGAGUGGUGAUUUAGUUUUUUCCUUACAUUUUUUUAGUUUGCUGUGUGAAGGGCACAAUUACAUGUAACUCUUUUUGUUUUGUACAAGUUUCAAUAAAAUGAUCAACCGCCA